AUGGCUCAGCAGCUAAAAGCCCAUACUUCUCUUUGCAGAAAUCCAGAGUUGGACCCCAGGACCCAUAUCAGGUGGUUCACAACAGCUCUAGCUCCAGGGAAAUCUGAUGCCUUUUGCUUCUCCAAGAUAUGUGGCUUCACUGAGGACCAGACCACAGAAUUCAAGGAGGUCUGCCAGCUAUUUGACAGAACAGGUGAUGGCCUCUACCUGUCCCACAAACAUGGGGAUAUGAUGAAGGCCCUGGGCCAGAACCCUACCAACACUGAAGUACUUGAGGUCCUGGGGAACCCCAAGAAUGAUGAGAUGAAUGUGGACGUAGUGACAACUUCCUGCCAUGCUGCAGACUGUGGCCAAAACAAGGACGAGGGAACUCAGGAUUAUGUUUCAGGCCUUCGUGUAUUUGAGAAGGAAGGGACCAGUAUCAUUGCGGGUGCUGAAAUCCAUCAUGUCCUUGUCACACUGGGUGAGGAGAUGGUAGAGGAAGAAGUAGAGAUGCUGGAGGCAGGGCAUGAGGACAGCAAUGAUUGUAUCAACUAUGCAGAGCUUGUCUGGAUGCUGCUGAAUGGCAGAGGACAUUUCCAUAUCAUGAGCCAGUGA